GUCAUAUAAAAGAUUCGUUCAUGAACGACCCAUUACAGCUAGGCAGUCCGGAUGGGGGAGACGACAACAAUCCGGCAUCAUGAGAUUUUUGUCAAGUCUCCUUUGGGCAGCUCUUUUGAUUAAACAGGUUUUAGGUGAAUAUGGCAUGGCACAUUUCAGUGACUGGGGAAACAAAGGCAAAGAUUACUGCAUCUUCUUCAACUCCCAGUGGGCUCGACUACCUCAAGACCUCAGUAAAGCAGUGCGGCUGCAGAUCUAUGAUCUCACCACCUCUGUGCUGUGCUCCCCCUCGGAUGUACCUGAGGGUGGCUUCCCAAACAGUGUCCUAAUGGUGAUGAGAGGAAAUUGCACUUUCUAUGAGAAAGUAAGAUUGGCGCAGAUCAAUGGUGCCAAGGGACUACUGAUCGUCAGCAAAGAUAGACUUACACCGCCCUCGGGCAACAAGUCCCAGUAUGAGGAGAUAAGCAUCCCAGUGGCUCUGCUCGGCUAUAAAGACAUGCUGGAUAUCAUGAAGAUAUUUGGAGAGGACAGGCAGGUAGCCAUGUAUGCACCCAAUGAACCAGUGGUAGAUUACAACAUGGUGAUCAUCUUCCUGAUGGCUGUGGGCACAGUGGCUGUUGGAGGAUACUGGGCUGGCAGCAGGGACUUUAAAAAACGUUACAUGAAGCACAAAAGAGAUGACGGUGCCGAGAAACAAGAUGAGGAGACCGUUGAUGUCACUCCCAUCAUGAUUUGUGUAUUUGUGGUCAUGUGCUGCACUAUGCUGGUGCUCUUGUAUUUCUUCUAUGAUCACUUGGUGUAUAUGUCCAUAGCGACAUUCUGUUUGGCAUCGGCCGUCGGUCUGUACAGCUGUCUUUGGCCUUUUGUACGAAGAAUACCCUUCGGGAAAUGCAGGAUACCCGAGAAUAACCUGCCGUACUGCCAUAAGCGGCCACAGGUGCGCAUGCUGCUCCUUUCAGCCUUCUGUAUAGGAGUUAGUGUCACCUGGGGAGUUUUCCGCAAUGAAGACCAGUGGGCGUGGGUGCUUCAAGAUGCAUUAGGCAUCGCAUUUUGCCUCUACAUGCUGAAAACAAUCAGACUGCCCACUUUCAAGGCCUGCUCUCUACUGCUGGUCAUCCUGUUUGUGUAUGAUGUGUUUUUUGUUUUUAUAACGCCACUCUUAACUGAGAGUGGUGAAAGUAUCAUGGUAGAGGUGGCAACUGGACCCUCUAAUUCCUUUUCACAUGAGAAGCUUCCAAUGGUGCUAAAAGUUCCCCGGUUAAACUCCUCUCCUCUGGUCCUGUGUGACAGGCCCUUCUCUCUACUGGGCUUUGGGGAUAUCUUGGUACCAGGUCUGCUUGUAGCAUAUUGCCACAGAUUUGACAUUCUCAUGCAGACUUCUCGAAUAUACUUCCUGGCCUGCACUAUUGGCUAUGGCAUCGGCCUGCUCAUCACAUUUGUGGCUCUGGCUCUGAUGGAGAUGGGUCAGCCUGCCCUAUUAUACCUGGUGCCUUGCACGCUCCUCACCAGCCUUGCGGUGGCACUGUGGCGCAAGGAGUUGCCUUUGUUCUGGACAGGAAGUGGAUUUGUGGUGAAUACCAGUUUGAUAUGAGUGCCUUCGGUUGGAAAAGUUCUAGGGUUAUAUACAGUUACUAAACUUACACCUCCUCCUAUUGUGAUGGAACAAAUGAUCUGCACCCAAACCCCUGGAGAUUCCAUAGCUGAACCCCAAUCCAAUCCAGAACCACAGGACUCCGAAACAACAAAUCAGUGUGAGGACCCUCCUCCAAUUGACCAAAAGGA